CUUACCCCAUAUCGACUGUCACUUUGGUGGAACUCUUUUUUUUUUUCUUAACCACAACAACAACAAUAAUCAGCCGCCACCAUGCCCAAGUCCAAGCGCGCCAGAGUGUUCAAUCUCACCAAGACAGAGAAGAAGGGAAAGGAGCUGUCGUUGAAAUUAUUUUCAAAUGUCCAAGAAUGUGUCGAUCAAUACCAGUACUGCUUCGUCUUCUCCAUUGAGAACAUGCGCAACACCUACCUGAAGGACCUUCGUGUGGAAUUUUCAGACAGCAGACUGUUCUUUGGCAAGACAAAAGUCAUGGCCAAGGCCCUCGGAACAUCGCCCGAAGACGAGUACCAGCCUAACCUCAGCCAAUUGUCUAGCCAUCUGGCCGGAAACGUGGGCCUGCUUUUCACUUCCCGGGAACCCGCCGAUAUUAUCUCCUACUUCUCCUCAUACAGCCAGAUGGAUUAUGCCCGUGCGGGCAUUGCUGCAUCGCGCGAGUUCACUAUCCCCGCUGGUGUUGUCUACUCGCGAGGUGGCGAGAUUCCGGAAGAGGAGGACGUGCCGUUGGCGCACUCUCUCGAGACCAGCGUCCGAGGCAACGGCAUGCCCACCAGAUUAGUAAAGGGAAGAGUCACAUUGGAUUCUCCAUACACGGUCUGCAAGGAGGGCGAGGUCCUCAAUAGCCACCAGACGGCGCUGUUGAAGCUUUUCGGCGUAGCCACUGCGGAAUUCAAAGUGCAAAUGAAAGCUUACUGGAGUGCGGCUUCAAAUGAGGUCAAGGAGAUCGAGGCGAUGGAGGAGUAAAUCUUUUCUUUGGUUUGAGUUGUUUUGGGUUGUUUCGAAAAUUUCAUGGAUGGGCUGGGUCAUCAUUUUCAUUUGCAUUUUAUAAUUGCAGGUUCGGUGUAUAUCGCACUACUACUAACGAACUCCUAUGACCGGUAGAAAAUACAAUCCCGGCGUAUUCUCUUUUGCCGCACCUAAACUGAAAUGGGCGCUUCACCGCGGAAAACAUAAAGCACAGAAAAUAAGACCACAAAAGAUCAUCAAGUCAGAUGCCUGAACAAGCAGACGCUCUUACCUCAGACCUUA